CCUGCCGCGCGUGUAGCUGUUCAAGUUUCGGUUCCCCUAAUCGCAUAAAUUUCCUCCGCCGCGCUCUCUCUUCCCGGCAAUCGCAACCAUGGAAGUUGAAGCUCCAGUUCCUGUUGCAGCGCCAACCAUUGGUCCGGUGGAAGUCAAGUUGUUCAACCGCUGGACAUUCGAAGAAAUCUCGGUCAAUGACAUUUCCUUGGGGGAUUAUAUUGGCGUCCAAUCGGCCAAGCAUGCAACUUUCAUUCCCCACACAGCAGGGAGGUACUCGGCCAAGCGUUUCAGGAAGGCACAGUGCCCGAUCAUCGAGAGGCUUACAAACUCUCUUAUGAUGCACGGGAGAAACAAUGGCAAGAAGCUGAUGGCUGUCAGGAUUGUGAAGCACGCCAUGGAGAUCAUCCAUCUCCUAACUGAUCAAAACCCAAUCCAAGUCAUUGUUGAUGCUGUUGUCAACAGUGGUCCUCGCGAGGAUGCAACCAGGAUCGGUUCGGCUGGUGUCGUGAGGCGUCAGGCUGUGGAUAUAUCUCCACUCAGGCGUGUCAAUCAGGCCUUGUACCUCCUGACCACCGGAGCGAGGGAGUCUGCUUUCCGUAACAUCAAGACUAUUGCGGAAUGCCUGGCGGAUGAACUCAUCAAUGCUGCAAAGGGAUCCUCGAACAGCUAUGCUAUCAAGAAGAAGGACGAGAUCGAGAGAGUUGCCAAAGCCAACCGUUGAGAUAUUUGUGUACGUCUGCUGUUAUCUUUAGGGUUAGCCUGUCUUGCUGGAAAAUGCCGGGAGAAUUUUGCUACUAGUCUUUUAAGUCGAUGUUUUUCUUUUAUGUCAGUUAUUGAAUACCAGGAGUAUGUUUGGAUGCUGGAUGCUGCAUUUGUUUCGUUGAUACUUUGAGAGAUUUCAUGCUGAAUCAUUUCAGUUAUUCAUCUCUGAUGUUAUUAUAUCCUGGUAUGCCUAUAUCUCGUGGUCUAUUGGUUAAAUUAACAGGUUUGCCUGGUUGCUUGCAAACUAUAUAAAUGCUUCCAAGUCCUCUACGAACGGGGACUCAACUUCUUACCCACACUUUAAAACUUUGGUUCUCUCUCUACUAAAUAUUCUCUCAACUUAGUUUAGUCAUGAACUGACUUGACCGUCGGAGUACAAUUCGGGGGCAUAUCCCCAUCUUUCCAUUGGUUCUCUUUUUCCGCCGACGAAAUCGAACAAGCGGAUCAAGAAUUAAGUUUCACAUUUACAAAUAAUCAUUGUUCGUAUCCUGAACUAGAUGACACAAACAAUAAAUUUUCAUGGUAAAAGUAGACUAAUAAGAUUCAUUAACCCUAGAAAGAAUAUAUAUAUAUGUAAAUCUCAAAUUACAAUACAUGUAGAAGUAGGGCUACAAUGCAAUAAUGCAUACAUAUCUCUCACAAAAAAAGAAGCUCUUUCAUAACUCUCAAGAGACCCCAAAACGGGACCGCUUUGCUGUAUCUCUAUACAAUCUGGCCUAUAUACACAAAAACCUAAACCAUCGGAGACAAGCAAAGGGAACUUACAUUACAUGCAUGCUUUGGUUCCCAUGAGAGUUCGAAGGCUGGAAAAAAUUGAGAGACUACUUAAUUGCUUACUGUAAAUUAAUUAGUGGCCACAUUUUCUUUGCGUAAUUAUUACAAACAAAUGCAUCUUCGAUCGACUUAAUCAUCCAUUAUUAAUGUAACUAGCUCGCUAGCUAGUAGGAGGCCACGGCUAUCUGCAUCUCUGCUUCAUUGAUCGGCAAGAAACUCACCCGUUUCUGCACCAAAUUACGAAUUUUACACAAAGGUCAGAUAUACUACACGAAUUAACAAUUUACGCAAAAUGAAUUACCAAUGUACUU